AUGUCUCGUGCGUGUUUGAAUAUGGAAAUACGAAAACUGAAACCGGUUGAACUAUAUAAGUUAGGAACUAUAUUAAGUGUAUCCGAUAAUUGGAAAAAACUAAUGGCUAUUGUGCCAAAAGAAGAAAAUGUUUCCAAAUUCAGCAGUGAGCAUAUCGAGAUGAUUGAACAAGCCGCACAUCAACAUAACCGUAAUGCAGCAGAGAUAUUUUUAGAUGAGUGGAGUACUAUGGGAAGAGAAAGGCCAACAUUGGAACUUUUAUUGGGUCUUCUUAUAAAAGCUGAAUUAUUCAGAGCUGCUGACUACAUAGCAUGCGAUAUAUUACUACAGGAGAGACCAGAGAGGCCAGAAUAUGGUCCAAUUGCUUCUAUUGAUACAAGCGAUGCGAUGAUACAUAAAAUAUUAGAAGAACAGAUACUUCCAAAAGACACAUCUGAUGACUCGCUGGUAUUAGAAUCCUCUUUCAAAUUAGAGGUUAAUAAAAUAUAUCAUGAUGACAAGAAAUUUGAUGACUUACAAGAAGCUGCCAAUAAAAAUUCAUCAGAAGCAACUGAUGAUGCUUUAAUUUGUAAGAAAUCUACAGAUGCUGCUAGUGAAAUUGUGUCGGAUUUAAUGAAAUUCACUAUGGCAGAUUCUUGUGAGACAAUGGACAAAUAUAUAGCUCAUAGUGUGGUUUCAAUAGCUGAAGAACAAUUACCUGUUCCUAUAAUUUUUGGUGAUCCAAAAGAGCCAUCAAAUAUAAGAAAACAAUAUUGCCAAGAAGUAACAUCUCAAGAAUUGCCAGUGUUUGUUAAUUGUCCUGUGCAAUUUACAAUGCCUAAUGAGGAAGUGCCUUCUGAACGUUUGCCAGUAUUUCUUAACAAUCCUGUGCAAUCAACAAUGUCUAAUAAGGAAGCAUCUUCUGAAUAUUUGCCAGUAUUUCUUGACAAUUCUAUACAAUUUACUACACUUUCCAAUAAAGAAAUAUCUUCUUCUGACAUUCCACUUUGUUUAAAAUGAUAAUUUUAUAAUAUAAAUAUAAAUUAAUAUAAAUAUAAUAUAUAUAAAUAUAUAUUAAUAUAAAUAUAAAUUUUAUAAUAUAAAUAUAAUUUUAUAUUCAAUUUUGUAAUAACUAGUAGCAUUAAUAUAUACAAAAUAAUACAUAUAUAAAGUUUAUUUACGAACAAAAUGUAUAUACACAGCCCCAGAGUACACUUCUCAAAUGAAGAAAAUAAGUUCUGUGAUGCAAUGAUAAUAGAUUACUUCUUUUUUCUUUUCAGUUUCUCUGUGUAUUUGUGUGCCUUAUACUGAGACUUCUUUUCUUCAAUAAUCUCUUUGUAUCUGCACUUAUUAUAUUUUGUAAACUCUA